AUGGUUAGAGAAACGAAGCUCUACGACACGCUAGAGAUCAGCCCCACGGCUACCCAGGACGAGAUCAAGAAAGCCUACAGGAAAGCCGCCCUAAAAUGGCACCCCGACAAGAACAAGGACAACCCGGAGGCUGCCGAAAAAUUCAAGGAGUGCUCCCAGGCGUACGAAAUCCUUUCGGAUCCCGAGAAACGCAAGAUGUACGAUCAGUUUGGCCUUGAGUUCAUCCUGAGAGGCGGCGCGCCCCCGCCCGAGGGAGGCGCAAACCCAUUUGCCGGAGGAGCCGGUGGCAUGCCCGAGGGCUUUGCUUCCUUCUUUGGAGGAGGAGGCAUGCCUGGCGGCGGAGGAGGUGCGAGAACAUUUUCCUAUGGAUUCAACUUUAGCAACCCCGAGGAUCUCUUCCGGGAUGCAUUCCGGGAUGAAAAGAUGGGCGGUGGCGGUGGCAUGGGCGGUGGCAUGGGCGGAAUUGGUCUUGAAGACAUCCUCUUUAAUGCUGCGCGCGGUGGUGCAGGUUCCCGACGGCCGGGGUCUACGAGAACCGCCUUCGGCGGCGACAACAUGCGCAGUGCCCGCCAAGCAACACCCGAAGUCACGACAGUUGAACGCCCCUUGCCCGUAUCCCUCGAGGAUCUGUUCCACGGCACGACGAAGAAGAUGAAGAUCAAGCGCAAGACCUUUGACGAAACCGGCAAGCGCACGACGAGCGACACCGUCUUGGAGGUACCAAUCAAGCCCGGCCUCAAGAAGGGUAGCAAGAUCCGGUUCAAGGGUGUUGGUGAUCAAGAAGAGGGUGGCCAGCAAGAUUUGGUAUUCAUCGUCGAAGAGAAACCACAUCCGCUCUACACUCGGGACGGCAACGACCUCAUUCACACUGUCGACUUAGACCUCAAGGAGGCAUUGACAGGGUGGAAGAGGACCAUCCCAACAAUCGACGGCAAGACCAUUAGCAUUGAGAAGGCCGGCCCGACACAACCUGGGAGCACAGAUGUAUACCCGGGCCAGGGCAUGCCCAUCUCGAAGCAACCAGGCCAACGGGGCAACUUGAUCGUCAAGUACAAUGUCAAGUUCCCCACCAGCUUGACGGCUGAACAAAAGGAAAAAUUGAAGGAAAUCCUCUAA